ACCUGUACGUACCACCAUCAAUGUCGACAUCGAAAACAAUAGAUAUACCAGUUGAGGUCAGAGAUGACUUGCGUAAAUUCAGAUUUAGCAGGUUAAAAGGUAUAUCUGUACUGAUCGUGAAGAUAAACAAACAGACUCUCAGUUUGGAAACACAGGAGCGUCUGGAGGAUAUCUCACUAGAAGAACUAGCAGAUGAAUUGCCAGAAAACGCACCUAGAUACGUCGUCAUAUCAUAUCCAGUUAAGCAUCCAGAUGGCAGAAUAGCAGUCCCAUUGGCACUUAUAAAUUGGAAGCCAACAACUUCCUCACCUGAGAUGAACACGCUCCAUGCGUCUGGACUGUCUAUGUUCCAGCAAGUAGCUGAAGUCAGCAGAAUCGUCGAAGUCAGAGACGGUGCAGAAGCAUUAACGGAAGAACUCCUUAAUAAGGCAUUAGGAUAGUGUACACUAUCAAUUUUGUAAAAUCUAGAAAUUAUUAUCAAAAC